CUGCCACUUUCAUGUGUAUGAUGAAUGAUAUCUUCCGUGAUUUCUUAGACCGAUUUGUCAUUGUCUUUAUUGAUGACAUUUUGAUCUAUAGCAAAUCAUUGGAUGAGCAUGUUCAUCAUAUAAGACAGGUGCUGACUCGUCUGCGCCAGCACCGCCUUUUUGUCAAACAAAGCAAGUGUGAGUUUGCUCGGUCCUCGAUUCCUUUCUUGGGCCAUAUUAUCUCACACAAUCAGUUGUCCAUGGACCCUUCUAAGGUAAAAGCAGUCCAAGAUUGGAAGCCUCCAACUUCCAUCAAGGAACUGCAAGCCUUUCUUGGCCUCGCCAACUAUUAUCGAAAGUUCAUUCAACACUUUGCUAUCACUUCCCCCCUCUCUAACCUACUGCGUAAGACAGAAGGAUUCCACUGGGGACCAGACGAAGACAAAGCCUUUGAGCCAUCAAACAAGCCUUAACCUCUUCUCCUACUCUAGCCCUUCCCA